AUGGAGGUUCCCACAAACAAACCACUCUCCUAUGAUGCAUCGAAAGCUGUGCUGAAAUCGAUGAAUCUGGAAACGAGAGAAGCGAUCAACAAGCGUAUCCCAUCGCUCCGCGUCAUCGACUCCCUCUUCCCAUACGAAUUAGAAAAGGUACUAAUGUCCACUGAUCGCUUAAAUUUCAACGAUAGAGAAUGGUUUUUCAUUAAAAGGGGCAAUGACCAUUGUGAUCUUAUGAUGUCAUCUGGCACACAAGAAGCCCCCAUCCGUCGCUUGGACAUGUCUGCAGACGCUGCAUAUCGUAAGCUGUUCGAUGCUUAUAUCAGAAAUGGGACAAGAAUUCGAACUCUUUAUCACACCGACAUCCCUGAAAUGCUGAUGGAGAAAGAUCCAGAAGAGUUGAGACUGAAAGUGCAGAAUCUGGAGUUGCCGGCGGCUUUUAUGGGUAACCACGUUGCCGAUUAUGAACACUUAACUCGUUUUAUCGACUUGGGAACCUUGAAAGGUGUGAUCUACCAGAUGAAUUCAAAUAAUCGAGCAAUUUUGGAUAAACCAGAGAUAUGGCUCGCUUCUGACAAACCGAUCGGAAGUCGUUUCAGUUGGGGACAAACGUACUACGACGACGUUCUCGAUAUUUUCAAGCAUUACGAGAAGGAGAAGGGAGCAGUUCCAUGGAAGCAUCCACGUCUUGGGAAUUCGUUUCACGCUCACGGCGUCAAACUCAGUAUGGAAGGCGGUCGGAACCUUGUGAUGUUUGGUGGCGCUACCAAGAAGUACAAGUGGUUUGACAUUGCUCCGUGGACCUUUGAUAUCGAGGUGAUGGCAGCGGAUGUCUAA